UUCCACCCACCCCAACCUCCAACUGCCGUUCUCUUAACUGUCACCCAGAGCCUUGCUUCCCAGUCUUCCCACCACCUGGCUGUUCUUUGGGUGGCUGCUGCCUCAGGAGUCAGGAGAGCUUUGUGAGGACCAGGACACUAUAGACAUCAACUUGGUUAUUUGAGCAUCUUCCAGUGACCUUCAGCUUUACAUGAAGAUUGCUUUCUCAGAGGAGCUCCAGACUAUCAUAGAGGGAAAUAUUUCUUUUUGUCUUCAAAAUGAAAAUAGACUUGGAGGUCAGUGAGCCAAUCAACUUUAGUUCUGGAGAUCAUCAACACCUGGUUCAGAAAGCAGCAAUUAAAAGUGGCCACUCUAAAAUGGAUCAGCCCUUCACAUAUUCAUCCAGAAACACACCACAGGAAGCCAUAAAGUACCCACGUUCCAAGCAAAGAGAUACGGCAAAUGCCUAUGCAGUACAAAUUUCAGAUGAUGUUAUCUCAGAGGAGACCAUCACAAGUCCGCCCGGUCCCUUCGAAAGCAUGUCUGUCCGUAAAGGGUUCAUCCUGAAGGUGUUCGUCGUCUUGUCAGUCCAGCUGCUGGUCACUGCGACAAUCAUCGGCGUGUUUGUUUUCAGCAAACCUCUAAGAAAGUGGGUCAUCAGCGUGCCUUGGUUCAUCUAUGCACUCUUCCCAGCAUGCUUUAUUGUGAUCAUCGUGCUCGCUUGCUGUAGGGAUGUCCGGCGUCAGGUGCCCAUGAACUACAUUCUCCUGGCAUUAUUUACACUCAUGGAAGGUCUGCUGCUAGGAAGCAUGUCCGUCUUCUAUAAAGCAGAAGAGAUUCUGUGGGCAGCGGGAGCAACCACUGUGGUGACGUUAGCGCUUACUUUAUUUGCUCUCCAAACAAAAUGGGACUUCACCUUGCUGAACGGAGUGUUGUUUGUUUGCCUCUGUGUCCUCUUCGUCUACGGCAUUAUCGCACUCGUCAUACGAUCCUAUUGGCUACAUCUGGUGUAUGCUGCGCUCGGAACACUUCUCUUCUCCAUGUACCUGGUUAUGGACGUGCAGAUGAUGGUUGGGGGGCGCUACCAUUAUGAGGUAGACCCUGAAGAGUACAUUUUUGCUGCUCUGAACAUCUAUGUGGAUAUCAUCAGCCUUUUCAUUUUCAUUUUGGACCUGAUUGCCCGAUAGCCGAUGGCCAAGGGUGGCUUACGCUGAGAAGAGGGAAGGUGGGAUGCCUGUGGAGUGUGCCAGGCCCAGGCACACAGCGGUGACCACUCAUAGGUCCUUUCAGUAGUUGUUUAUUUAUUUAUCUAUUUACUUAUUAUUAAUUUAUGUCAAAAGAAGUGAAGAAUUAAGUAGAUGGUAGCUGUUGCUGUUAUACUUUUUAUUUCCCUUGUCAUAUGGCAAAACUUUGUUAUUCAUAUGGAAACAUUUCAGAUUCCCACAAAUUCAGAAAAUGAGUAUCCGAAUCACAUACUGACAUACAUUUAGAAGGUUCCCACUGCUUUGUUGAAGUUUCCUAGGCACAAUUUUUCUCUUUAUUAAGAAAUUUUUUAUUCAUUUUAUAUACCAACCGCAGAUUCCCCUCUCAUCCCUCCUCCUGCUCCCCCCAAGCCCCACCUCCCCUACUCCCCAUCCCCUCCUCUGAAAAGGUAAGGCCUCCCAUGGGGAGUCAGCAAAGUCUAGACACAAUUUAAAGCUGUAAACACCUAUACAUAAAUAAAGUUGAUUGUAGAAAACCCCAA